UUCUUUUUUUUUUUUUAAACUCUCCGGCAUGAGUCGACAGUCCAGUUUAUUUUCCUGGUGGAUAAACUUUAACGUUGUACUGUGGUAGUGCACUGUAGUUUCUGGUACGCUGUCCUCUCUGUACAGCGUUUUUAGUAGUCAGCUUCAAGACAUACCCAAAUGGUGAACUUUGAGGCGCAAGCGACAUCCAUUUUGGAACAAAUGGCCAACAGGGCUGUGAUCGAAAUGAGCAAAGUUGUCUCCGACACGACACAAGAAAUCUCGCUGGACGAGGACGACAACUCUCCACUUUCAUCGACGGAUAACGUGGUCUGUCAUGUCAGCACCUUCAUGACGUUGCUGGCUCAAGAGGCGGCCGAGAACAUCUGCCAGCUUUUCCACGAAUGUUCAUCUCUGCUACGCUUGCAAUUGACGCAGGGGGAAGCGGAGCUGGAGGACCUGAAGAAGAGGCUUGACGUGGCAGAAACGGCGGUAAAUAUGGUGUUGACAAGUGCUCACACUGUGAUAGCAGAAGAGGCAGUGUUUGAGCAGGAAGUGGGCAGAGGAGUAUGUACAUUGGAAGGAGAGGAGCCCUCCGGGGGGAAGAGUGCCUCAGCUGUGUCUGAGGACGGCAAGGUGUCAGCCAUCGUUUAUGUAACUCACAAGGACAACGAACAUCUAGCAGUGACGCAGGACACUUUGGUUGACCAGAUGUCGUGUGGGUCCGCUCAGCAGGGAGGCAACUUGGACCCGGAUGAUCCAGACUAUCAGGAGCAGGAAGAUGCCAGCGACACAGGCCACAUGGGCCGGGCCAGACAUGGUGUCCGAGCCGGCAAGCAGUGUGGCAAGAACUCCAGCAAACGGCUGCAGCCCAGAGUCCACCAGGCAGCGUGCCAACGCGACAACUUCUCGUGCUCGGUGUGCGGACACACCUUCACCCUCCGCCGCAGCCUCAACGUGCACAUGCGUCAACACACGGGAGAGCGUGCUCACACGUGUGACAUGUGCGGUAAGGGCUUCACGCUCAGGCAGAUCCUUCUUGACCACCAGCGCAUGCAUAAUGAGGAGCGACCCUUCAAGUGCACACAGUGUGACAAGAGCUUCUACCGAGCACACGGGCUGAAGAUGCACCAGCGCUUGCAUGCCGUCCGCCGCGUCCGCACUGUUGAGCGUGUCCACCGCUGCCCCUUUUGCGAGAAGACCUUCAAUAUCAACGGCAACCUCCGGCGCCACCUGCGCAUCCACACAGGCGAGAAGCCCUUUCGGUGCGACACGUGUGGGAAGAGCUUUAACCAGGCAGUCACGCUCAAGGGCCACCAAAGGAUCCACACGGGGGAGCGGCCAUACGCCUGCAUUGCCUGCGGGAAGACCUUCAUCCAGAAGAGCACCCUGGAGAUGCACACAGAUGCUGCCUCGCUGGCGUGCGUGGUCUGCGGCGCCACGGCAGACUGCGUAGAGGCAAUGCGCAGCCACCUACAAAUGCAUGCCGACGCUGUGCCGUGCGCCUGCCUGCUGUGCGCCCAUUGGCUGUCAACAGUGACAGAAUUGCGCUCACACCAGCAGCACCACCAUACGGCGGGCGGUGCGCACGACUGCACCAUCUGCGGAAAGACAUUCAAGUCAACCAGCUACCUAAAAAUACACCUCAAGGUGCACAGCGGAAUCAAGCCCUUUUCCUGCGACAUCUGCUCCCGCGCUUUCUCGCAGCACAGCAGCCUCAAGACGCACCAGGCGGUGCACACGGGCGAGAAGCCAUUCGCCUGCAACACGUGCGACAAGCGCUUCAGCAACAUGGGCAAUCUGACCCGCCACCGCCGCGUCCACACUGGCGAGAAGCCGUACAUCUGCGAUGUGUGCGGUCGCCGCUUCAACCAGAGCAACAGCCUCAAAGCCCACGAGCAGGUCCACACUGGCCACAAGAAGUUCAUGUGCGACCGUUGCGGCAAGAGCUUUGGCUACAGGAGGAACCUCAAGAACCACAAGUGUUUCUACUACUGACUGCCUGAUUGGUUGAAAUGACUUUACUGGUUCAAAAAGGACAGCAUUCUUUGGUUGUUGUUCUUACAGCAAAGUAGUAAAAUGCAGCACAGGAUUUGUAAUGCUUUGUUGUACUACUGGAAAAAUCCACAGUAGAAAUCUAAGACCUAAACUCAAACUGGGUCCGGAAUUAGCAAUAAAUUAUGUUGUGUAUCAUCCUAUAUUGUUUUCCAGAGUAAAAGGUAAACUUUGUUAAAAUGACUUUCUUCCCUUGUUAAAAUUUGACUUGGGAAAAAAUGAUUUGUUCUUUUAAGAUUGACUUUUUAUCAUGACAAAAUGUCUUUGUUCUUGUAAAGAUUACCACUUUUUUUUAUCUUAAAAAAUGUGACUGAAAUUCCUACGACAUUUAUGUAACAGGGUUUACAGGGAAUGUCAUGACUACAAAUGUUCUGCUGUUGGUUUCUCAGCUUUGUCUCUCAAAACGAUCUACUGUUUUAAAAUAAAAGUUUCACUGUUUUAAAAUAAAAAUUCCACAUUCAGCUUUUACCACUUCUGCAAUAAAAGCCCUUUAGGUAGUAAAAUAAACUGUGUUUUACAAAUGA